AAAAAAGGCAGCAGGAAAGGUGUUGAGAAAAAGUCUUCAAAAGUGGUGCAGUGACACAGUCAUGUGCCAUUCUGGCUUUCCUCCAUUGGUUCUGUUUGCAGGAUAAUACUAAACAGACGUGGACUUUGAGGUGAAUAUUUGAAAUGCCUGGAAGUCAGGCUCUAAGUCCCCUAUUUCCAGCGCUCCUAUGAUUUCUGCUUUUUCUGCACUGGAAAUUGGAUUUGGAACAAACCUUGCAGACUGGCCAAUGGCACGUUUUCUCUGGUUACCCCUUGUAGCGUAAAAAGCUAUCCCCUUCAUCUUCUCCUCUGCCUUUGUGUUUUUGAAUGACAUCAUGGCCCUCCAUAGGCCAAACGUAACACCAGGGGAUGUCAGCGCUGUAGGUCUAGAGUCCAAGGGGCGCCGCAUUUCAUAGCGAGCCAGGCCGAGAUGGAGGCAAGCCAGCUUUUGUGUAUCUGAUCCCGUGCCGCUGUCGGCAACCCCAGAGACGGGAGUUGGGGUGGGGUGGACUGGGGCAACCUCAGCCCACCAUGAGGAGGAGGCCCAGGCAGGGACAGUACCAGCAGUCAGGAUGCCCAUCACCCAAGAGAAUGCGCUGAGCUACCUGCCCCUGCUGGAGAGCUGGCUGAGGGCUCAUAACAUAGACCAGGACCCGGAGGGAGAGCCAGGCACCGACGCAGGCAGCAUCGGCCCAUGUCGGGCUGCCAUCCGAAAGCUGGUUGAAUACAUCCAGCUGAACUUUACCGACUGCGAGGGUCCUCCGUGCAAUGGCAGCACAUCCAGAGAGGAGGUGGACGUGGAGGUAAGGGCAGUGUACAUCAGCAAGGCUGAUGGAGAUGGGCCUGAGUUUGGCCUCAGCUUCGGUAACAUCCCCAUCUUCGGGGACCCUGAGGGCAAGAAGAAGAGCCGGCGGAGGCGCAGGAAAGGUGACCAGGGACCUGUGCUGGAUGUGGGUUGCAUCUGGGUGAUGGAGGUGAAGAAGAGAAGCCCGGCAGCGCGCUGUGGGGACAUCAAGCUGCGAGAUGAGCUGCUGUCCCUCAACGGGCAACUGAUGGUCGGGGUGGAUGUAACUGGAGCCAGCUACCUGGCGGAUCAGUGCUGGAAUGGUGGCUGCAUCUAUCUGAUCAUGCUACGGAGAAUUAAGCGUAAGGCCCCUGUCCAUCUGUGCAACGGCGCCGGGGUUGGCACCAGGAUCUGUGCUGGGAGUGCCAAGCACUGCGACAGCACCCCCCUGGAACCAACGGGCAGCCCCACGCAGAACGGCAAGCGCACGCGCAAGUUCGGCGUCAUCUCCCGCUCCUCGUUCACGCGGGACAGCAAGGAUGGGAGGGAGUGCGAGCAUGAGAAUGGCCCUGGCCCCAACGGGAUGGAAGUUGCAUCUCCAGAGCUGGGCACCCCAACAGACACACCAACUGAGGAGGGGCCAGUUGUGGGACCUGAUGUGCCCCUGUCCAAUCACAUGAGGGUUGGUAGCACUGCCACGCUGCCCAGUUGCUCCUACUCACGGCUGUCAGGCAGCCUGAAGGCCGAGUCAAUAACCAGUGAAGCCCCCAACAAGCAGAGGGAGAGUAGUCAUAUCUGGAAGAUGCACAUGGUGAAAGGGCAGGAUGGCCUGGGCAUCCAGAUCACGGGUGGCCGCGGCUCCAAGCGAUCCCCGCAUGGCAUCAUCGUGGCCCACGUGGAGGAGGGCGGAGCUGCGCAAAGGGAUGGGCGGCUGAAGGCAGGAGACGAGCUGCUGAUGUUCAAUGGGCACUCGCUGGUGGGCCUCUCACACCAAGAGGCUGUGGCAGUCCUUCGUUCCAUGGCAGGCCUGGUGCAGCUGGUAGUUGCCAGCAGGGCCGAGACUGAAGUGGACUUCCACAAGUACCCGUCCACCAGCCUGCCUGACCUGGUAAGCGUGUGCUCGGGGCAGGACGCCCUGCCAUCCCCUGGGGAGGAGAAGGAGAACAUGGAGCCGGAUGUGGAGGACGUGAGAGGCAGCAGCCUUUCCCUGCCCACCCAGGACUCGUUCAGCGAGAUGGCUAAACCGGACGAGCGUGGACGGUUUGAGGGACCCAAAGGAUGCUGCCGCAGCCCAGCACCCAUGAAGUUCCGCAGCAGAUCUCAAGGGGGUGGCUGCCGUCUAGAGUCUGUUGGGGAAGAUGAUGAGCUGGUAGUUGAAAACGGAGAAGCAAGUGACAUGCCAGAGAAGCCGGUACGUGGUGGACGUAAACAUUCCCUCCCUCAGCAGCUGGACACUGUUGGAGUGCGACAGGAAUAUCAAAUUGUGAAAAAAUCGACACGUUCCCUAAGCACUGUUCAAGUGGAGUCUCCAUGGCGACUGGCACAGCCAUCUAUUAUCUCCAACAUCGUCCUGAUGAAAGGACAGGGCAAGGGCUUGGGUUUCAGCAUUGUCGGUGGACAGGAUUCAGCACGGGGAAGGAUGGGUAUAUUCGUCAAGACCAUUUUCCCCAACGGAGCAGCAGCAGCAGAUGGGAGGCUCAAAGAGGGAGAUGAGAUUCUAGAAGUGAAUGGAGAAUCUCUUCAAGGGCUCACACAUCAGCAGGCCAUUCAGACCUUUAAGCAACUGAAGAAAGGCGUGGUGACCUUGACGGUGCGUACGCGCCUGCGUAGCCCUAGCUUGACGCCAUGCCCAACGCCCACCCUGCUCAGCCGCUCUAGCUCACCCAACUCCAACACCAGCGGCGGUACGCCUGUGCUGCCCAGUUUUGAUGAUGGAGAGUGUCGGAAGGGCCCAGGCCCCAAGGACCGCAUCAUUAUGGAGGUCACGUUAAAUAAAGAGCCUGGUGUUGGGCUGGGCAUUGGUGCCUGCUGUUUAACACUGGAAAACAGUGCUCCUGGGAUCUACAUUCAUAGUCUGGCACCAGGGUCCGUAGCCAAGAUGGACAGCAGACUCAGUCGGGGGGACCAGUUGUUGGAGGUAGAUUCUGUUAGUCUUCGGCAUGCUGCUUUAAGUGAGGCCUAUGCUAUUCUGAGCGAAUGUGGACCUGGCCCAGUUAGCCUCAUCAUAAGCAGACAUCCCAACCCUAAGGUGUCAGAGCAGGAGAUGGAUGAGCUCAUCACUCGCUCUACUCACAGAGAUAGUAUGGUCAGCCAUACCUCCCACACUCUGGGCCUUCUGACCAAGAGCCCCUCUCCCACAGUGAGGACCAGGCAGGCUGAGGGCAACCAGGCUCUCAGCUGGACUAUGAAGAGGUUCUUAGAGCCUGCCAGCCGGCAAGGUUCCCUGAGCUCUGAGGCUGAGCUCUCCCAGUACUUCUCCCAUGAUGUGCACAGCCAGUCUUCCCUCUCAGAAACCAUGGCGAUGGGCUCCAGUGACGAUGACAUGCAUCACAACACCAGGAGCUGCAAUACUUCACUGGAUGAGCAAGCAGCACCCCAUUCACACUUUUAUAAAGAAAGCCCCUGUGCCGAUGGUAGCCCUUCAUGUGCAGACCGCUGUGGUAAACCUUCCUGCCCCGUGAGCAGCAGCACGGACACAGCCCAACAGGCCAGCAUGUGCAGCAGCCCCAGCUCUGUCUGCAGCCCCCUCCUCCGGCAGCGGCGGGUCAUAUGCUACGAGGACGAGCCCAGCGACGAGGAGCUCGUCCCUGACGAAGACACGGGGCCUUUCCGACGACUCCAGCAUGCCAAACAGGACAGUGCCCGCCUCCAGGAAGAAGAUUCGGGCAUCAUCUUAGCCACCUCAUCGGUGGAAGUAGAUGACGAGAGCCAGGAUGGCAGCGAGGGGCAGAUGCCCGCAACUCCGCUCUUUGGCAGCUCUCUAGAGCUGGAGGAAACGCCAAGCGAGCCUUCCGGCGCCGACUCACCCUACAUGCCUAUCCGCAGCUCUGAGCACAAUGCCGCAGGGGGUGGAGCCAACUUGGGAGUAAAGAAGGAGCCAUAUCGUGACGGGCAGGAGUCAAAGCGCUCACCCAAGCUGGAACACAAAGCUGUGACGCGUGUCAAGAGCAUGAUGAGCACCGAGUGCCCCAGCCUGCCACAGAGGCCCAAAGGCGAGGAAUCCUCUCCAAACACGGCUGCUUCUGCUCAUUCCAGCCAGGGCAGGGCGUGGGCCCCAGGGAAAGCCCAACACCACUGCAGGAGAGGAGAGCCCAGUGAGUUGGCGGGGAUCUGUACAAUUGAGACUGUGGUUCUGAUGCGCAGCGAGGCCGAGUCCUUUGGGCUAGAUCUGGAGAUCAAGUCAUCACCUCUGAAGAUACUGAUCACUGGACUGAGGCCAGGGGGUGCCGCUGAGAGGGAAGCCAGGGGGAAAAUGAGUGUAGGUGAUGAAAUCGUAGCAAUCGGUGACACCCCUGUGUGCACCUCAUCCUAUCAGGAAAUCUGUGAUCUCAUGCAUGACCUGCCAGUCAGUUUGACCUUAGAGAUUAAGAAGCCAGUCUCAGCUGUAGAUCGACUCUCCAGUCUGACUCUCCAGUCUUCUGGCUGUGAACAGUUGACAAAGGUGGAUGAAUCUAGAGCUAUUCUUGAGAAAAUCAGCAAUACUGAGGUUGCAAACAUAGGGAGUUCCUUCCCAGAGCCAAACUCAAAACAGGUGAAAACAAGCCACACCAAUGAGGUACCUGUCACUAAUAUUGAUGAUAUAGUAGCUGAACUAAACUCAGGGGAAAACACUGUCACCUCAGCAGAAACUGUUCCCAAUGUCAAAGAGACAGCUGCAUGUGUAGCAGAGACCAGGAGCUCUGAACCUAAGCAGAGUCCAACUGCCAUAUCAGUCCAACCCCAAAUUUUGGCUUUUCCUGUCUUAGAUUCAGAAAACAGAGGUUGCCUUAUGCAAGUAGGGAAAGCGUUUCUAAACAGUUACUCCAGAAACUUCAGUCAGCUCCCAAAUGAAGCCGCAGCUCUUUCUGUGAAAGAGUGUGGAGUGAAACCAAGCAUGUACGACAUGUUGCAUGAUAGUGACUCUGAGAGUGACUCAGCCACUGACGGUGCUGUGAAAACAGAGAAGCCACAGGAUCACUGCCAAAAUCCCCAGGAUACUGAUUCAGAAGAGGAAAUCGAGCUAUGUUACAGCACACUCACUCAGCUUGAUUUGAAUCAAGUAAAGGCUGAUUCUCUCUCAGGCACCCAGACUGAUAAAGAGGUGAGCACUCAUGAAGUUCUUCAGACAGCAUCUUCCUCCCCCUUGCAGGACAUUGAUUCAGAGACAGCAAACCUUUCUGCGUCCCUCACAGUGUCUCAGAGUCUGUCCUGUCCCCAGUCCCCACAUCCAGAGUCUGUUUUUAAUGGGGACAUUGAACAAGUUCCCAAAAAAGAGGAGACUGUGUGUGUGACUGAGAGAACGCCGGCAAGCUCAGAGCCACUGGACCAUAAAACUGAUGAGAAAUGUGAAAUGGCUUUGGCACCUGUCACAACAACCCAGGUACCACCAGGUGUCAGUAGUGCUCCCGAUGCUCAGAAUAACCACCACAUGAGUCAAGAAAGAAACUCUAAGAUGCAUUCAAAUGUGUUAUUGAUCUCAGAUGCCUCCACUGUUGUGGAGCCCAAGGCUAUAAAUCACAACUAUGGAAGUGAGAAAAGCUCCAGUACUCUGACUACGAAAGAGAAAGAGAGAGAAAAAGCAUACUCUAGUCUUCUUUCUCAGGGUCAGAUUAAAUGCACCACUAACUCUCUUAGAACUUUGGAACCCAAGGCCCUACACGAUAACCCUGUCUCACCUCUUCUAAAUAGCAGGUUUAAACAGAAUGAAAAGUCAACUACCUCUAGCAAACUUAAAGGUUUAAGUAUAAAAAUUAAAUGCAAAGGCCAGGAGCAGCCAGUGUGCUGGUCGGCAAAGUCUGAAAGUCCACUGGCAAAAAAAGACAAUUGUUCCCCCAUUCAGUCCCCUAGACCAGUGGACAGAAAAAUCACCCCAACAAGCAGUCCAAAAAUGAGCAGAUCCCUGGAGAAGAGUAGUGCUUCCUUAAAAACAAAUGACCAAAGCCAAGGAAGGAGUGCUUCAAAUGUCUCCAGCACCUUAAAAAACAAUGACAGUCUAAAGGCAGAACAUAAUUCUGAAAUGCAGGAAGGGAGUUCUUGCACAAAGAAAAAUGAGCUAACAUCUAAAUGUGAGACUACCACCACUACACAAAGGACCUUCAUUGAGGUGCGGCUUUCAUCAUGUUCCUCCCCAUCCUCAUCUUCAUCCACACCAGUUCUGGCACGCAAGGAAAUUUCAAAUAGUGUUUAUUCAAGCCAAAUUCAAGGAAGUUCUUUAGUGCUCAAAGACCCAGAAGACCAAACACAAAAACUUUACUGUGGAUCUCAUAUCAUAUCAUUAGAGUCUUCUGGGUUUAGACCAGAGCAAAAUAAUUCUAUUGGAAGUCCAGCUGAAUCUGCUGAUAAUGUAAAUCACAGUGUGUGCAAAGCAGACAGUUGUCUCAGGAGCAGAAGCAUUGCAGAGACUACUUUUAGUCUUAAACCAGGCAAAUCUAAACUUUACCUCAGGACACUGGACCGCAGGAGCUCCACAUAUACCAGUGGCACCCUUGACCCUAACCCCUUUUCUGUUCGACAAAGAAUCAAGUCCUUUGAGAACUUGGCAAGUUUUGAUCGGCCAGUUGUAAGGUGCAUAGACAUACGAUCUUAUGCCACUAGUUCUAAAACUCCUCUUAACAGGAGGUUGUCUGGUUACAUGGACUCCAUCAACACCCAAUCCAGUGAUUGUUGCUUCUUGAGAAGGAGCUUUAGCUCUUGUAUAGACAGUUUAAACUUAGGCCCCUCUUCAACUCUGCAGCCACAGAAUUCCUCUUUGAAUGUGAUUCUGAACAACUUUGAUCCAGCAACUUCAACUGGAACCUCUGGGCCACUCAUAAAGGAGACCACAAACACUGAGAAUGCUAUACCUCAGUCCACUCCUGUACCACACACUCCAGCAGUGCUGCGAUCCCGGAAUGCACGUGCCCGUGGGGGGUUGUCACGCUUAAAACUGCGGGAACUUAGGGCUCUUAGCAUGCCUGAACUGGACAAACUAAGCCCAGAGGAUUUCUCACGUGACCCUGGCAAUGUCAUUUUCAAGACAGAGCUUGAAAUCCAUCCUGCAAGGCCCAAAGAUUUGCCAUCAGACAACCUUCAGGGCACUGUGGUGACCACAGUCAGAAUGACAGCCUCUGAAACACCUGUCACUAUUAGCAAUGGUGGUCACCCCUACGAGCAAAUCAUAAAGUGUUCAAGUUGGUCAAUAAGUCUGCAUAACUUGUCAUCUUCUCCACUGGACCAGAAGAGAGUGCAGAAGGUUCUAAAUUCCCUUAUGGCCAAAGUGGAUGUGAUGACUUUGAUAUCAGAGUUAAACAGAGUUUCAGAGGUUAAAGAGGAUGUUUACUUUGUGGUCUUGGUGAAGGAAGAGGGCUCUGGAUUGGGUUUCAGCAUCGCUGGAGGAGUGGACCUGGAGCACAAAGUAGUCAGGGUUCAUCGAGUGUUCACUCGAGGGGUUGCUGGAGUGGAAGGUACCAUUCGUCGGGGAGAUGCUGUGCUAUCCAUAAAUGGGAGAAGUCUAAGUGGGACAACGCAUGGCGAGGCCCUGUCUUGUCUACAUCAGACCAGGCUGCCCAAGCAGGCACUUGUAGUCAUCCAAAAAGGGAAGGACAGUGAGCCAGACUCAGCCAGGAAUGAACAUUCCUUACGGCCCCCAUCCUAUCCCUGCCCAACCUACCAUAUCAACAGGAGAGAGAACGGAACAGUGAUGGAGAUCGGGACGGAUGGUGCGUUAAGUGUGGAGCUACUGAAGACUGCAGCAGGCCUGGGUAUUAGUCUAGACGGAGGCAAAGCAUCAGCCAAUGGGGACCGACCACUCUACAUCAAACGGAUCUUCAGAGGAGGUGCUGCUGAACUGUCACGGGUUAUCGAUGUGGGAGAUGAGGUUCUAGCUAUAAAUGGCAGGUCCUUGCAAGGCCUAAAACACUUUGAUGCCUGGAACUUCAUCAAGACCGUCUCCGAGGGCCCUGUCCAGUUAGUCAUUAGAAAACCCAGGACUUCAGUAUGACAGCCGACAAGUCUGUGUUUUGUGGACAUAUUCUCCACUGAAUCAGAGUGCCAAACACAUUGUACAUAUGAGGCUUGCCAUUGCUCCCUUUUAUACUUUUUUUUUUUUACUGCAAACCUGUGAUAAAAGUUUUUGCUCAUGGGUUUUAUACUGAGAAAUUGUGCCUUUAGAAGUGACCUUUUGUAGGACUGAGACGGUGUUGUCUUGUUUUGAUUCAAAUGUUAAAAUCAACCCAAACAAAUCUUAAGAACCAGUUUAUGCUUUACAGUAGUCACUUGGUUACUUACUGGCUAGUUGUUCAAUCAGUGUAGCUAAGUACUCAUUCAUUCAGAGUUGUAGGAAGAAACUUUAAAUUGUAAUGAAAUUCUGUUUACACAUAAUUUCACAGAAAUAUAAUGUGUCUUAAUUUAAAACAUUUCCUCGAUUUCCUAUUGAUGGGUUUAUUUUGUAUUUUAUUUUUUAUUUCUAAGUAGAUUAAAAAGGAAUCUUAUUAAGACGAAAUUUUGUUUGAACAAAACCAGAUUUGAAGCUUUGAGACUGACAAAUGUCAUGCAUACUCAUGCAUGCAUAUCUACCUGGUUUUUAACUUAUUCCUAUCCAGUCUCCUCAUGGGAAGUCCAUAGUUCCUGCUUUCAAAAGAUGCUUAUUUUAUUGCAUCCAUUCUGCGAAUGCUUUAACGUAAGAAGUUGCACAGUCUAUAUUUGAAAUAUUCUACUUCAAAUGGACCUGGACGCUCCAUCAUUCAAGGUAACGUAUGGUUAGAUAAGCACACAUCUCACCAAAAACAUUGUGAAUUGCAGACUGAGCUUCUUGAAUUCUUGCAGGACUACUUAAUUGUAUCCCUGCAGCUGUGAAUAUUUUUCAGCGGGACUUUCCAGUGAGCCCUAACCCUGAUAUGUUGUAUCAAUACUUCAUCAAUGCUAUAGCUCUAUUUUACUUGAAUUGCUAUGUGUAAAUAUUGCUGCCUCCACAAACAAUACGUUAACUUAAUGUAUCUGGGCUUUUAAACACAAAUUUGUUUAUAAUGAUUGCAUAUCAAAUAAGUAAUUAUAAAUAAUGUUUGUAUGUAUUAAACUCCAGUCAUUUCUUGAUAAUUCCCUUGUGUAAAGACAUUAAAUAUUUUUCAGUGCAGCGGUAA